UUGUCGACAGCCCACUCCCCCACUUACCACACACGAGUGGCAGACAAACAAGCAACAGUUACUUGUUCUCCGGCAUAUCCACUUCUCCCUUGUGUUGUUUGCCGACGUAUACACCAACUGCUUCCCGUGCUCUCGGCACUUGCGUGACCCUCACCUCCUCGAGCCUCACUUCGAAUCAAUCAAGCAAAUUCGCCACGUCACACGCAGCUGACCACCAUGGACAUGGAGUUCCCGACCGAGUCGUCGGACCUGCUCUCGAUGUGCCUCUUCCCACAGUCGUCUGAAGCUACACCAAUGGCGACGACGGGCGGCGAAGCUCCGCUUGACCCGCUCGACUUUCUCCUCGACGCCCCGGCUGACCAGCUCAAGAGCGGCGGCGAGCCCAUGCCGCCGCGUGGCACCCUGGCCGCUGCCGGCCUCUCGCUCGACCUACCUGCUGUCGGCGCCGCCAAUGGGCUCGACCUCGACAGCUACCUGAUGGGCGACGGGUCUGGGCUCGGGCUCGGGCUCGGGCUCUCGCCCGCGGGCCUGGGCGUGGCCGACUCGGGCACCUCGCCGCUCACCAUGGGCCUCGAGCCGAUGCUGACGUCGUCGGCGACGCCGCGGACGCUCUCUGCCUCAGCUUCGCCCGAGCCGGAGACCAAGCCGCGGUUCCAGGCGUCCAAGUCACCGGACCCGUCGCGGGUUGCCCCGCAGUCGACGCCGUCGCCAGACCGCGAGCGGCACUCAGAGUCUUCUGAGGACGAGGCCUCGCUCUCGUCGUCGCCGCGGACGAGCAAGGCCGGCACCGGCAAGGCGCCGCAGGCCUCGCGCAAGCGCAAGCGCUCGGCCACCAAGACGUCGCCGGCCAGCGGGCCCAACGCGCCAAUCUCGCGCGAGGAGCUCCUCGACCUUGUCUCCAAGGGCCUGCCCAAGCACCUGCUCAAGGACAACCUCACGCCGGCGGAGCAGCGCGAGCUGAAGCGCCAGCGGCGGCUGAUCAAGAACCGCGAGUCUGCACACAACUCGCGCCGCCGCAAGAAGGACUACCUCAACCAUUUGGAGACCAAGGUGGCGUCGCUCGAGGGCGACAAUGCCGAGCUCCGCCGCAAGGUCCACGAGCUGCAGAACCACACCCAUGCGCUCGAGGCUGAGAUUGCGCACCUCCGCGCCGCCAACCCCAAGGCGGCCGCAGCGUACGCCGCCUCGCCACAAGGCCUCGCCGCGCCAGUCCACUCGCCAUUCUCGUCGCCUGGCGCGUUUGCGUCUGCUCGCGCGGCGGCAGCCGCCGCCGCGUCGGCGGCCUCGGGCGCGCCGUCGGGCUCAGGCAUGUCGACCAACAUGAAGGCGGCUUCGGUCUGCCUCAUGGUCAUGCUCUUCUCGUUUGGCCUCUUCUUCAACGGGCAGCAGCCGCUGGCGUCGCUUGCG